AUGAGCAACACAACUAUACCGUCAGGGGUGGUUGGGCCAGGAGCAUUCUUGCCAAGUGAUACGAGGCAGCCUUUAGUCAUCGGUAUUACAUCAAUGUUCAUCGUAUUGAUUGCCAUUUUUAUGGCCAUUCGGGUUUAUAUCAGGGGUUACCUCUUGAGAGGAUGGCAACUCGACGACUCUGUGUUCAUGUGGUCUUCGAUGCUCGUGAUUGUCCAAGGAGCCAUGGUACUAUGCAAUGUAGUGUAUGGUAGUCUUGGGCUGCACCUUUGGAGAUCAACAUUUGAUCAGAUACAGCAAAAUCCUCGUUACUUGGUUACAACAGUCCUUAUGUACCAAUUAUCUUUCGGUUUCAUUAAAGCAACGUUUUUACUGCAGUUCCGCCGAGCAUUCGCUCUGCCUCACAUAAUAUUGUUCUGCGACAUCUUCCUGGGCAUCAUGUUCCUAGCACUCAUAGGAUUGCUCAUCUUCGGCGGAAUCGUUAUGCGAGAUUUUCUGAAGCCGGGGUAUGUCCCUUCGCCUGGGGAAAAGGCAUACCUGAUAUUUGGCUACGUCAACGCCGCCGUACAUCUCUCGACGGAUAUCGUCAUUUUCAUACUGCCGCUGGCACUUGUGGGACAGAUGCGCCUUGCAGCAAUGCAAAAAGCUGGUCUAAUCUCCAGUUUUGGGGUGGGAAUCUUGUGA